CAUUACUAGGUCGCAUUUAUUAGUCGCCCACCUCCUUGUCUUUAGGGUACUAUGAAACCCUUUCAGCGUUUAUACCAACGUGCUGUAGAAGACACUGGGGAGGUAGAAGACAGGGAGAGAUACCGGCCAGGUGGAUACCACCCAAUUCAUUUCAAUGAUAGUCUUGGCCCCGACCAGCAAUUUGAUGUCGUCCAUAAGAUUGGAUGGAGUGUGAACUCUACUGUGUGGCUAUGCUUUGACAAAGAGUCCCGAUACUACAGAUCAGUCAAGGUCAUGACCGCAGAAGAGUCUGCAGAAGACUGUCAGGAACUUCAAAUAAUGAAAACUUUGAGCGACAUAAGCCGUGAGGAGCUGAGUGAUAACUAUAUUGGUAUACCUCACGAUUAUUUCUGGCACCAGGGGCCGAAUGGCCGCCACCUUUGUCUGGUCUCGGACCUCCUUGGCCCCAGCUUAUUCAGGAAUUCACCUCUGGGUACUGGGCUUCACACCCCGGAGAUCUUGACAGACUUAACGUUCCAAAUAAUUAAGGGACUACAGUAUCUUCAUAAGAAAGGAAUUUGCCAUGGAGACCUAAGACCAAGCAACAUUCUUCUGCAGUUACACCAGUAUAGUUUGAUGGAGCUCUCCAAUGACCAGCUUAAUAGGUACCUCGGGCCUCGGGAGUAUCAACCGCUUCGAACACUACCUGGGAUAGCUCCUUCAUCCCACGGACCUAGGUAUCUAGCACUACCUGCGUCUCUAGACAAAAUAGAAAUAAAAUGUCGAACCAGAAAGGUUGCGCUUGUUGACUUCAGUCAUAGCUUCUAUAGCACAAGCCUUACAAACCCCAUCCGGUGGCACAGACAAUAUGCCGGUCCCGAAUUGUUGUUUACAAAAGCUUUAAGUGGGUUGCCCCGAGAUAUCUGGGCGUUGGCCUGUACUAUAUAUGAGGUCAAGCUCAAGACACAACUUUUCAGCGAAUAUCAAGACUACAAGUCACUAAUACGACAAAUGGAAUUAUGGUUUGGGCCUUUACCGGUGAAGUAUCGACAAAUUGCAAGCACCUACUUAAGCAGUAGGAAACUGUCUGCAAGCAACGCAUCAUCAGUACCUCAAGACAGAUUAUCCAAUCCACAUCAGCUACUUUCACUUUCCACAGACGAAGAAAAACAGAGGAGGAAUUGGUAUAUGGAGGGCAGCGAAUGGCCAAAUCUCUUGCAAGCAGCACUAGGCAGGGAAGAGCGGUGCUUUGUUUACGAGAAAGACCUCGCGGGAAAUGGUGUAUUAGAUGACACAGACUCUAGUAUUAGUGAUUGGGACAGUGCAAGUCAAAAUGAGUCUUCCGAUGAAGGAUCUGGCAUUGACGUGCCUGACCAAUCAGACUUGCACCUAGAAAAGACCGGGAACCUAGACCGUGUAUCGGAGGAUUCGAAAGAAAGAAAUUCUGAAGAGCCGAAUUCUUCGCCAUCAGAGGUACCCACCAUCUCUGCGCAUUCCACGAAUCAGCCUCGACAUGAGCAAGACUUCCCAGAAACAGGUCCGCUGAUUGAAGUGAAGGAGACAUCUCAAGAUCAUGACACUGGUGAAGAAGAGGGAGGUCAAACUAACCCCCCGCCAAGUCCUCCAAAGUCUAGCAAGGACUCAAAGCAAGAGAGCAAUGAACUAGUAGAAUUGGUGGUUUGCAUGCCUAGAGAGGAAGUGCUGCUUCUAUCAGACCUCUUAAUGCGUAUGUUUAAAUAUGAUCCGAAAGAGCGCAUUGACAUCGACACUGUCGUCAAUCAUGAAUAUUGGGGCGAUAGGAGAAGUAACUGGGGUAAAAAACAGGAAGAUCUUGGCGAAGAAAUCCCCGACCCCAUAUCCUCGAGGACUCGCAGUCGGGUUGCAAGGGCUCAACAACAGGUAGAGUCAGGUUCGACUUAAGACUCUAGUUACUGAUGGUUUGAUCCACUUGUACAAUCCUCUUCAUGUACCUAAUCUAGUUUAUUUAUUCCUUGGAAAAGUAUCGCUCUUGAAAGAGUGUUGACCUUACUGCUCUUAGGUAUGAUGUUCUUGCUGGAAUUGACCGAUGGCUUAGGGAGCACGGAGGUAGAAAAAUAAUUACCUAGAAUAGCAAUGAGAAGAGCUGAUUUCUCGAAUAUUUCUUCCUAAUAGGGAACCCCAGCCUCAAGCACAGUACACUGUUCGGAGCCGAAGUAUUGGCAUCACCACGCUGUGUCACCG